CGCACGACCAUCUUUUUCUUUCUUCCCCCCUACCUCUCCCCGCCCAACGGAAGAAGAACAAAAACCACAGUCAAGAUGGCGCCUUCCAACCUGCCCUCCGUCCUCAAUGCCACCAGCCAGGACGUUGAGAUGCUCCUGGCUGCGCAGUCUCACCUCGGCAGCAAGAACCUCCAGGUGCACAUGGAGCCUUACCUGUGGAAGACUCGCGCCGACGGUGUCAACGUGAUCAACAUUGGCAAGACCUGGGAGAAGAUUGUCCUCGCUGCCCGCAUCAUCGUCGCCAUCGACAACCCGGCCGACAUUUGCGUCAUCUCCGCUCGUCCCUACGGCCAGCGCGCUGUCCUCAAGUUCGCCGCCCACACCGGUGCCUCGUCCAUCGCCGGUCGCUUCACCCCCGGUAGCUUCACCAACUACAUCACGCGCUCCUUCAAGGAGCCCCGCCUGAUCAUCGUCACCGACCCCCGCACCGACGCCCAGGCUAUCAAGGAGGCCAGCUACGUCAACAUCCCCGUCAUCGCCCUCUGCGACACCGACUCCCCCACCGAGUACGUCGACGUUGCCAUCCCCACCAACAACAAGGGUCGCCACGCCAUCGGUACCGUCUGGUGGCUGCUCGCCCGUGAGGUCCUCCGUCUCCGCGGCACCAUCUACAACCGCGAGACCCCUUGGGACGUCAUGCCCGAUCUGUACUUCUACCGCGACCCCGAGGCCGAGGCCGAGGAGAAGGUCGAGGAGGAGAAGGCUCCUGGCGUCGACGAGGAGGGCCCUGCCGCCAUCGAGACCGGCACCGCCGCCGCCGGUGGCGACUGGGACGCUGCUCCCGCUGCUGGCUUCACCGGCGCUGCCGCCACCGGCGGCGCCGGCUGGGACGGUGCCGAGGGCGGCGAGUGGGCUGCCGCCGGCCAGACCACCGAGUGGGCCGCCGAGGCCUCCAAGGAGACCCAGUGGUAGGAACCUGGUCCCUACAACGGCUCGUCGGCUGGCGACGAUGCAACGCAGUGGUAAAUUGGUCACGGGUCAUCGGAGGCAUUCCCCAGGCUUGCAGUCGUGCUUGUCUUUGGAGGCCCUGGUCGACUGGGUGGCACUUAUGAGGGAAAGAUACUCGGCCUUGCCGCGGGGGGGUGAAAUGCACUCUUGCUGAAGUCUAAUAAUUUUUUGGUUGGGGACUCGGUAGGAACGCAUGUUGCUUUUCGGGCAAGGAAGAGGGAAAGCCCUGUGUCAGCCAAAGGGGUGGACUUGAUCGUUGCCCCCGCCAUGGUUUUUCAAAGGCAUUUUUCCGUUGCGUGAAGCUCUAAGCUAUUCCGAGUGACAAGAAACUCACAAAAGGCCGAAAAAAGUACCGUAUCUAGUCC